UAUCCAAAAUGGCGAUGGCUUCGGAAAGCUUGUGUCACAAUGAUCCAAACUUUGCUGUUAUAUGUAAUUUUUGGGAUCGCUAUGGGGAAAUGAUUGGUCUAAAAGAGAUCUCCUACUCAGAUCUCGAACGAUGGCUUGAAGACACGAAGCAGGUGCCAGUGCCACUUAUUGACCUCCAUGUACGUUUGUUACGGAGAAUUGGAAAGACAUCGGUUACUGCCAACAGAUGGGAAAGAUACAUCAUUAAGUUCUGUCACACAUACUCAAAUGUAGAUGCAUGGGAAAUAGAGAAAUUUGGAUAUAAGCAUUGUAAACUGACAACAAAACUGAAGCUUUUGAAGACCUUAUUAGAGAAACAGUUUGAUCAGAAUUCCACAUUUAAAGAAAAGGUGAACAAGCUUGCUCCUGAAGAUAUGAGAUUCCAGCCUAUUGGCAGAGAUAAAGAUGGUCUGGCCUAUUGGUAUAUGCUGGAUAAUGAAUGCAAUUUAAGGGUAUAUAGAGAAGAUCUGGAUGACAAUGAUGAUGAAACAUGGGAAAUUGUUUGCAAAACAAGAAAUGAUUUAGCAGAAUUAGUAGCUCGACUAGAUAAAGAAAUAAAUGGAACAACUAAAGAUGUAACAGAUAUACACAGCAGCACAUCCAAGAGUGUUAAAAGUGAAGAGGCUGAGGAUGAAAAGAAAUUAGCAACAUCAGACGAUUCACAAGAUUCUCUGCCAAAUGUAAAAAAGGAUCCAGAGAAAAAAACUGAUCUUGAAAAACAUGAUGAAGUAGAUGGUGUUGUAAAUAAAAAGGAAGAGAAUGAUGAAAAGAAAGAUGUUAAAACAGAAACAGAAGAAAGUAAUGAAAAGAAAGACAUGAAAAAAGAAAUAGUAAAAUGUGAUGAAAAGAAAGACAUCAAAAUAGAAAUAGUAAAAUGUGAUGAAAAGAAAAACAUCAAAAUAGAAAUAGAAAAAUGUGAUGAAAAGAAAGACAUCAAAGAAGAAACAGAAAAAUGUGAUGAAAAGAAGAAUACUAUAAAGGAAACAAAAGAUUGUGAGGAAAAGAAAGAUUGCAGAGUAGACACUAUAGAUAAUGAGGAAAAGAAAGAUGUUAAAGUAGAAAUUAGCAAUUGUGGUGAAGAAAAGAAAGAGGAUAAUACAGAUACAGGGGAUACAAUUAUUGUUAAAACUGAACCAGUUGACAAUAGUUCUGAUGAAAAGUUAGAAGUAAAAAAUAAGGAUACUACUGCUGAAAGGCCUUCAAUAGAUGUUAAUGUAAUUACUGUUAAAGAUGACAAUAUUGAAAAUGCAGACAUUUCACUUGAAGAGAAAAAGAAGGAAAUUAAAUGUGUUGAUGAAAACCAAAAGGAAUCGAAAGAAAAAUCUCAUUCACCAAACAUUCCAUCUGCUGAAAAUUCUGUAAUUGAUAGAGAUGCAGAAAAGGAUCUUAAAAAACAGACAGAUUCUGUGAAAGAUUCACAAAGUAAGAACAAAAGAGAAUUGAUCAUCGAUAAAGAAAAUGACAGUGACGAAAGUAAUGUGUUAAAUAAUUCUAAUGUUGAUCGUAAAAAGUCAGAAAGUGAAAAUGAUAAUUCUGAAAACUGUGAUAUUAAAUCCAACAAAAGUUCUCAAAUUUCAAAAACUGAUACACAAAAUUCAGCAAGUGAUAAUAAAUGUACUACCUCAAAAUUUCAUGGUGCUAUAUGUGAUAAUGAUGACGAAAAUGUAGAAUCUACAGAGGAAAUUAAAUGUGGUUGUGAUGACAAAAAGGGAGGUAAGCAGGAUAUUCAAAAAAAUGAUUCAGAAAUAAAUAAAGAAAUGAAUGAUAUAUCAGAAAACAAUGUGAGGAGAAGUAGUAGAACACGUACUACAAGAACUCAAUCACAAGAUUCACAGGCGAAAGAUAAUAAAUGUGAAAGUAAAUCCAAUUUAGAAAAUACAGAGGUUUUGUCAAAAACUGAUGACACUAUACCGGUAAAUAAUGGGGAUUUAGAAAAAGAAAAUAACAAAACUCCUAUUAAAUCUAAGUCAAAGGUUAAAGGUAAGAAAAGACCUUUAUUGUUUGAGGAUAAUUCGACAGAGGAUUCACCAACAGUGGAACCUGAAUCAAAGAAGUCAAAACCAACUAAAAAAAUAUUAACAAAGAAGUCUCCAGCUAAAGUGAAAUCUUCCACUGAAGAUACAGACGAUAGUGAUGACAUUCCACUUAGUCAGAUCAAAGGAACACCCAAAUCCUCUGGGAAAAAGACACCUAAAGCAACUCCUAAAAAACUUACUCCUAAAGGGAAGAAGGGCAAAAAAUCUGAACCAACACCUACCAGGAAAAGUUCUCGACCAGUAAAGAAAAAGAAAUUUGACAGUGAUGAAGAGGGAAAAGAAAGUUCAUCAAAGUCUAAAAAGUCUUCAUCUUCUAAAAAGUCAAAGGUUAAAUCUACUGGUGCAGACAGUGAUGAUGAUGAUGAAACUCCUCUUAAAGCCUUGCAAAAAUCUGAGUCUGAGACAGAGGAAGAGGAGGAAGAUAAAGGUGGUCGGAGGCGAAGUUCAAGGGUUAAGAAACUAAUGAAGAAGUCCAAGAAAAAAGAAAUUACUCCACCUCCAUCAAGUUUUGAAGAAGAUGAGGAGGAGGAGGAGGAUAAUCAUAGUGAUUUUACUGUUACUGACUCUGACGACUCAGAUGAUGAAUUUAAUCCAACUCCUAAAGGGAGGAACGCUAGAAGACAGGCUGCAAUACAAGAUACACAAGAAUGUCUAGUUGAAGAAAUCCCAAAUGAUACACCAUGUAUACAUUGUCAUAAAACAGACAGACCUGAAUGGCUACUCCUCUGUGAUAAAUGUGAUAAUGGGUUCCACACAGCAUGCUUACGUCCACCUCUAAUGAUAAUACCAGAUGGAGAUUGGUUUUGUCCGCCUUGCGAACAUAAAGGACUGUUGGAAAAAUUGCAGAUUAGUCUUAAAGAUUUAGAUAUAAUUAUGAAGAAGAAAGAUAGAUUAAUAAAAAGGAAAGAGAGAUUAGCAUUUGUAGGAAUAAGUUUAGACAAUAUCUUGAAGGAUGAACACAAGGAAAAUGUAGACCCAGAUGAGUAUGAACAGUACAGUCCAGAAGAGGAAGAAUAUUAUAAGCCAAAAAAGAACAAAUCAUUUGUUAAGAGGUCUUGUCGGUCACGUAAUGUAAUCAGCUAUAAGUUUGAUGAAUUUGAUGACAUGAUAAAUACAGCUAUCAAAGAAGAUUUAGAAAAUCCUCAGCCUUAUAACCCUGGUAAAGGACGAUCACGAGGUAAAGACAUGGCCAAUAUUUACAUGGCAGAGGGUCGGGAAUAUGUCAGUGAGGAGGAAGGAAAACCAUCACCUGUGGGAGGUCGCAAAAAGAAGAAGGGCCGUCGCCUAACAAAUCUUAGUGAUGAAGAUGACAAUGAUGAGGAAAGUGGAGAUGAAUACAAAUGUUCUGAUGAUACUUCAGAACCCCCAGAAGAGGUAGAGGAAGAUGAUGAUGAUGUCAGUGAUUAUAGCCUAGACGGGGAAGGCUGGUGUCGACGGGGAACAAGACGAAGUGCAAGACGUAAUGCUAGAUCUAAGCAAUAUAAGGAUUUUGUUGUUGAUGAAGAAGACAGUGAUUAUGGUUCGAGAAGAAAGUCUGCUCGUUCUACGAGAGCUUCCACACGACAAAGGAGAAAGCACAAAGAAGUAUGGAGCGACGAAGAAGAAGAGGAGGAAGAAGAAGAAACUGAUGAAUCUAUUGACACGGAAGACUUAUGUUCUGAGGAUAGUGGCCCAACAAAAAAGAAGAAAAAUAGGAAGGAAAUAGAUAAAAAAGUGUUCAGAGAAAAAGAGAAAAAGAAAGGUAAACAUUCUGCAAAGAGAAGGAGAAUUGUUGAUUCAGAGGAAGAAGGAAGUGAAAGGACUGAAAAAUCAGAGGAAAGUGAAUCUAAAUCAGAAAGUGAUGAUAGUAGUGUAGAUAUGGGAAAAAUUAAAAAAGCAGCAAAAAGAAAAUUGUCCAAAAGACGAUAUUCUGAAUCCAGUAGUGAAUCAGAAAAAUCUGAAUCCUCCGAGCCUUCAAGGAGUAGAAGGAGAAAUAUAGCUAAAAGAGUUAACUACAAGGCUAUUGCAGGUUCUGAUUCUGAGGCAACUGAGGUAUCAGAGGACAAAAGUGGAAGUGAAAAAGACAAAAGAUCUAAAAAGAAAAAUAUUAUUAGAGAUGAAUCUACUGAUACUGAUGAUUACUUUGACAACAAGUCUGAAAAUGCAGAGGAAGGGGAAACAACUGAAGAAGAUGAAAAAGAACCAGUUAAACCAAAGAAGCAGAAAAAAGAUGAAAAUGAGGAUGAAGAAGAUGAUGAAACUGAAGAUGAAGCAAAAGAGGAAUCUGGGGAUGAAGAAAGUCAGUCUCAAAUUGUGGGACCAGAUAGAGAAAUCACAAAGAAUAAAGAUAAAGAUGGUAAUACAAAUGAAAAAGGCAAUGAAAGUUUUCCUAAAGAUUCUGUAAGUGAACAUGAGACUGACACAGAACCAAUCAAUUCAACACAGGGUAAGACUGACACAGAACCAAUAAUUGAAUCUCAGAAUCGGGCUCAAAUCUCAACAUCAAGUGUUACAGUUCCAGAUAGUAGUGAACAAAACACACCAGUAUGUCAGAGCAACAUAGGAGUUAUAAGGCCAAGUCCACAAUACUCAAUGGGUCAGAGUUUUUCUGAUGGAAGCUUUACCAAUCAAUCAGGGCAACAACAAUUCCAGGGGAGAUCACCUCCUUACAGUUCACCACCUCAACAACAGUUCAUAUCCUCACCUCCUCAUUCAUCAUAUCAAGCUCAGCAACCUGGUCACAUGAUAAGGCAAGGUCCUCCACUCUCUCAAAAUUAUCCUCCCCAGAUGAGGCAAGUAAACUUUCCUGUGUCAACUUCCAGUCAGCCAUUUACAUCAAUGUCUCCAAGCCAGGGGACAAUAUCAUCACCACCAUACCCUACAAUGCAAGAAAGGCCACAAUAUUCAUCACAGGUUCCACAAAGUCAAGGUCAAGUUUUUGGAAGAUCAAUUCAAGGUCAACCAAUGAUGAGAGGUCCACAUCCAGGCCAACAGAAUGGAGGUCAGAUGCAGCAAGGCAUAAGACCAGAAAUAAUAGGGCAAAUGAGAGGUCAAGUAACGCCACAACAAGAUGGCCAAAUGAUCAGAGGUACCUUUUAUCCAAAUCAGCAGCAGAUGAUGGGAGGUCGUUUCCCAAACCAGCAGCAAAUAAUGAUGCAGGGCCAGUAUUCUAAUUAUCAGUCGGGUCAAAUGAUGAGAUCUCCAUAUCCUGGUCAGCCAACAAUGAUGCGAGGUCCAUAUCCAAAUACCAGUCAGCAGGAUAAUCUCAGAAGUAGUCAUUCAAACCAGGAAGGGGCGGUGACAGAUCAAAAUAGAGAAGAAAAAGAUGGAAGAAUGAAAAGUCCUCCAAGUUCCCAACCUGGACUUCCAGAAAGGUCAAUGAUGCCAGGACAACAGCCUGGUUUUCAGUCUGCGCCAAUGAUUAGGGGUUUGUUUCCAGGACAACCACAUAGACCAAUGGCUAGAGGACCUUUCUAUGGUCAACCUGAAAGACAUAUGAUGCCAGGUCAAGAAGGACAUUUUAGACCAGGUUUUCCAUAUUCCGCUCAGCAGAGACCAGGUUUACACCCCAAUCACAUAGGAUUUCCACAUAGACCACUUCAACCAGGACAACAGAUACCUCCUUCACAGAUGUCUGGUCCACCAGUCAGCAGUCCAACAAUUGGAAGCCCACCAGUACAGGAAACAAACCAACAGUUCUUUCCACGACGACAGUCCCAACCUAGACCACAGAUGUCACCUUCUCAUACUCCUCAGGCCAUUGCUUCAGUAGAUAGAGCCCAUACAAAAGAUGUUCACAGUGAUCAAAAUGUCAAAAAUGAAUUAGAUCAAACAUCACAAUCAAUUUCUGCAAAAGAUGUUCAUAAAGCUGCUUUGCCAGCUAAAGAGGAUGUUGAAUCCACUUCUGUUAAGGAAAUUGACAGUCCAAAGAAGAAAAUACCAGAGGAUUGUUUAGAAACAAGAAAAAAUACAGAUACUGUCGUCUUGGAUACACAGACAUCCUCUGAAAAAGAUAGAAAAGAUCAAGUAGAACAAGCUGCAAAACAUAAAAAGGAAAAUAAUCUUGAUUCAAAUCAACCAAAAAAUAUUGAAAAGAAUAGUUCAGAAAGUGAAAAACAUGAUGGACAGAUUGUUACUGAAUUGCUGUCACAGACAAACUCUAAAAUCCUGCCACAAAAUCAGGUGACAUCAUCCAGCUCUGACACAGAAACAGAUAAACAAGAAGUCUCACAAGAACAAACAACUGGAAUUGAAUCAACUUCAGGUAAUGAGUCCAGUCCAAAGGUUCCUAAAUCUGGUAUUGAAAUAAUGCCUGGACCUCAAUCUCAACAGACAUUACAGUCCCCUCCAACAUCACAACAUUCUGGCGCACAUCCUGAAGAGGAGACCAUAAGAGGACCACAGUCUAAUCCUCCAGAAGGGUCCAUGAUUAGAGGUCCACAACCAAAUCCUCCAGAAGGGUCCAUGAUUAGAGGACCACAGCCUAAUCCUCCAGAAGGAUCCAUGAUGAGAGCACCACAGAAUAAUCCUCCAGAAGAGUCCAUGAUCAGAGGACCACAGCCUAAUCCUCCAGAAGGGUCCAUGAUUAGAGGACCACAGCCUAAUCCUCCUGAAGGGUCCAUGAUUAGAGGACCACAUCCUUACCAGCAGGGAAUGUUCAGAGGACAGUUCAAUGAAAUGAUGUCACAAAUGAGUAAUCAAAGAAUGCAGUUUCAACAAGGUUCAAUUGGGAUGCCACAAAGGCCUAGUAUGCAAGUGCCACCCAACUUUGUUGGACAAGUUCCAAGAAAUGUCAUCCCUAGAAUGAGACCAGAGCAUAUGAGGCCUAUGAACCCCAAUUUCCAAAGGCCUAUGUAUGGACCGGGUCCAAUGCCUUAUCAGCAGCACUCUGGAGUUCCAACUGCUUUUAGCCCAAGACUUGAAAUGGGAAUGAGAAUGCCAAAGAGUUCUGGGCCUGAUGAGACAAAGGCAGAUAGCCCCAGUAAGUCAAAAAUGCAGGAAGGCUCUGAUAGUUCUGCUACUUCAACGAAUGAACCAACAAAAGCAAAAAAACCAAGAAAACCAAGACAAACUAAAAAGGAAAAAAUGAAGGCUCAGGCAGAGUCAAAACCUCAAGCUUCUUCAGGUCCUAAUGUACCAGGACAAGAAUUUCAUCCUCAGCAACAACCUCAGAUGGUCCCAGGACCACACUAUCAAAUGCCAAUAUCAAGACCGAUGCAUCAACAGCAAGGACCUUAUAUGAGACCCCCUUUUGAUAACUAUGGAAUGAAUGGGAUGAACCAAGGUCCACCAGAUUACAACCAGAUGAAUCCUGGGAUGUAUGGUCCUCCUCAGAUGAUGCCUGGGAAUGGUGGGCGGGGAUUCAUGAUUGACAACCUGUUAGAUAAGCAUCCAAGAGUCCAACAGCUAGAACCAAUCAUCUCACACGAAGAGGAAGAUGAAUCACCAGUAGAACCAGACCAACAGACAUAUGAGGGAGAGCAAUCGCCUUCUAAUGGGGAAAAAGAUAUGGAUGAAAUGUCUGACAUUGGAGAUAUUGUUAAAUAUGUUAUGAAUCAUUAAUGAGAAUUCUAUAUUUGAAAGUUUAUCAUUAGUGAAUAUUUGUCAAAAUUAAAUUUUGAAAGAAGUAUGAAUUAAAAAAUGUAUAAAGUAGAUAAACUAAAAUUAACAGCCAAAUUGGUAAAGAGCACAAGCAUUGCCAAAAUGAUUUAUUUUAAGUUACUAGAAAGACACAAAAUACACUUCCUAUGUAAAUAUCUCAUUGGGCAAGGGUAGUGCUCUACAUUAUUGCUCAGGAUCUCGUUUGUUGAAAGGUCACGAUAUUUGGCAAAUUUGUCGAUUGAAUUGAAUUUUUUUAUUUUCCAUCACAGCAAUAUUUAUGAAGAAAACAUAUUUUAAACUUUUGUUUUUAUGGAAAAAUCUUAAACAUUACCAUAAAAGAUAUAAAAAACCAUUUAAAACUUAACCAAAGUUAUGAAAUGUCUAUAUUUAGCCUAUUCUCAAAAUUUUAUGUGAUCUUUUUGUGUAAUUUUCUCAUAAUGCAAUUAUUUUAGAAAUAUCAGAGUGAAAACAUUGUCGGUUAUAAAGAAAUAAUCAUUGUGUAUUAAUAAAGAACAAAUAGCAUAUUAGCUCACACACAACUUUUCAUUGCAUGUGUGUUUCAUUUCAUAGAGAUUGAUUUAUUGAAAGGGAUUGAUUUUCUAUGAAAUUACAUGUUCAAUCUCUUCAUUCAUUUAUUCAGUAAAAUAUCAUUAAUUACAAUGUUUCUGCUCAAUUUAAGUUGACUGUCUCUAUUUAUUUUGUGUUUUCUAAAGGGUGUAAAUAUUUAAUGAAAUUACUUUCAGUCAAAGUAGAUUGAUACUUUGAAAAUAAGUAGAAUGGAAGAAUAGAAUUUCCUAUUAACUGAUAGUUAGCAAUUGCUUCCUAAUAUGUACUGAUUCACAAAUCAAUUUCUUUUUGUAAAAUAAAAUAAUUAGUUUUUUUUUCAAAAAGUAGUAGAAAUGCCAUUCAUUUUUUAAGUCGUUUUUAAUUUUGCAUACUGUAAAUUCAGAAAUUUUUGUGAUGUUUCAUUAUUGUGAAAAUUGCAACAGGAUAGGUGUUGCAAAAAUAAAACCUUACAUUUUAAAUGUUGAUAGCAUUAUUUGUAUGCAGCAUUUUCUAAAAUUGCAAUAAUUUAUCUCUCGUUCUUAAUCAUUGCAAUAAUUUAUCUCUCGUUCUUGAUCAUUGUUCAACAAUCAUUAUAAUAAAUGGGUGAACAAAUUUCUGAAUUACAGUAUUUGAUUCGGCUUACAAAACAGGUCAUCAAAGUGGAGAAAAUUAGUUUUCAAUGCUUUCUUAUCAAUAUUUCAUAUUUUUACUGGUAAUGUUGUAGUCAGUUUUAUCCUAUUUCCACUGUCAUGAAAAAUAAACAAUGUUGACUGAAUGCCUUUAAUUCGUUUCUAAGUUUUUCAUAGAUAAAUGUAUAUACCAGAAGUGCAUUUUGUAAUUUAUUGAUAAACUUGAAAAUUUGAACUCAAUUAAUUUUUGGCUUGCAAAUUCAGUCUUUUGUGUACUUUUUAUGUAAUGUAGGGGGCAUUAUGGUCAGGUCUGUCUGUUCAUCCAUUUUUCUAUUUGUUUGUCUGUCCGUCCCGCCAUUGGUCCUGUCACAUUUUAUAAUUGUGAAAAAUAAAAGUUAUAUAAUAUUAACAAGUUGAUAAUGUACCAUUAUAAUGGUAACUUAUGAAACUAGAUUUUCUACCAUUUUGAUAAAAGAUCAGAAAGACAUUAAUUAUUCUGUUAUGUUUUUUUUUAUAUUUUGCUGCAUUUAAGGAGAAAGCAACAAAGCAGGUUUUUAAUAUGAAUAUGACUUGUUUUCUUCUUGUGAUCUUUAUGAAUUAAAAAGGAUGUAUAUAUACAUAUAUCUAUAUAAAUUAGUCUUAUUAUUAAAUCCAUUCCUAGUGUUGUACUCUAUAUUAUUUUGUAUUUAUAAUAUAUAAUUUUUAAUAGAAAUGUACUCUUGAUUCCUUUUAUAUAUCUAUGUUUUAAAGACAUGUAUGUAUCAUAAUCCUAUCUCAGAUUGUUAUUUUAAACACUGUAAAGUUUUCUUUAAACAGUAUAAGUUCUAACAAUUGAUGGGUCUAGAUAAUCAAACACCAUUCAUUGUGAAAAGAUGAUUUUAUAUUUUCAUACUUAAUGUGCAUGAAAUAUUUGCUACUGGAAGUUAUAUACAUCAGCCAGAAUUUUAUACAUGUAUUUCAGUUAUAUUAUUGAGAAGACAAAUUGACCACAACCAUCAGGUGGUCAAUUUUAUUUCAAAAGUUAAAACAGGUGUCUGUUAAAACAAUAUUAUUCAUAAGUCCCAGAAAUAUAGCUGCCCAUAAUUUUGAUGAGCUAAAUAUCUUCCAAAGAGUUUAUGCAUUUGUUUGUGCAAUACUACCUAUACCAAUUUUAUGAACACACAUUUUACAGCAAUGCCUGUUUUUGUUAUUUUUUUUGUGUUGAGUUAAAUUUUCAAACCCUACCAGUCACCGAAUAACAAACUCAGACCUUCAAGAGGAUGCAAUACAAAACAAAAAUAAUGUAAGUUUUGUUAUGUUUUGAUUUUUUUGUUGUUAUAGUAUUUGAUUGUUUGUUGUAUUUUAUAUUAAGCAGAUGUUAGUGGGUAGAAUUUUUGAGUACCGGUAUAAUAAAAUAUGAAUUAUAGUAUAUUUUUCAGGGAGAGGGAAUAAAAUUUUAAAAAUAAAAAGAAAAGUACAGUUCAGUUAAAAAAUCUCUCCAUAAGUUUAAUAACAACUGUCAUGAAUGUUAAUAGUAAGAAAAAAUAAGCACUUGAUAGACAAAGGUUAAAGUUCAAUUGAAAAGUUUUCUUUCUACUAGUUCAGUACAAACCAUAGCAUAAAUGGCAUUUUUUUUCUCAUUUGAAUGUAUUUUUUCAUAACUUGAGUUUAUGGCAUAAAAAGUACCCAAAUUGUAAUGCAUAGUUUGAAGUCUAUUACAUAGAAGAUCGUAUUACAAUCCUUAUACAACAUAAUCCUUCAUCACUAUAGCUAGUUACAUAAAGUUUGAACAUGAGGCAUGUCAGUAGUCCUGUAAAUACAUUUAAAAUAUUAAUGCAGUGCUACUAAAUAAAUAACAGUUUAACUAAACAAGUACAUUUUCUUCUCAUUGAUUCAACAAAUGUUUUUUUUUCUACAAUUGGUUAUUUAAAGAUUAGCACAUUUCAUUUUGUUCACUUAAAUUCAUCAAAAUAUGUAAAAAUUAGGAAUUCAUAUUUUCAUACCAUUGUACUUAUAUUUCACAAAAUUAUUUAAUUCACUUUGUCACAAAAUGAAAAUAAUUAUAUGUUGUGAUAUGGUUUGAGUGUAUGUAUGAAUGUGUCAAUAUGAUCUCAGUAUGUAAUGUGUAUAACAGAGGCUUUUUAUUGCCUGCAUUGUCAUAUUGUAUAUUUCACAAUCUCAUGUAUGUAAAAUCUUUUUAAAAAACCAAAAGUAAAGAAAUAGUAAUUUUUAAA